UCCAGAAUUUCUCGAGAAAAUCUAGUAAAACUAGAACCAGUAGAAGCAUCGAAGAUCCAUACACCAAGUGUGUGUGAGAGAGAAAAUGGUGGCGGCGAAGAAAUCUGCGUACGAGGAGAAUAGGCAGAAGAGGCUGGAAGAGAACAAGAGAAGAAUGGAGGAGCUCAAUCUCAACAAGCUCGCCAAGUCUCUCCACACUCCCAAGCCUUCUCCGAUGAAGAAGGUGAACCCAAAGCUGCCGAAACAGCCUUUGGAUCCCUCUUCUGUCCGUCGAUCUAGCCGUGUUGCAGAUUUGCCGCCCAAGAGCUACAAAGAGGUUUCUGUGUUCGAAGGAAUGGGGAAGCCGAGGAGUUAUCAGAGAAGGGAUCUGUUGAACAGAGUGUAUGCCGGGGAUGAAGAGCGGCAGUAUGCUGUGCAAAGAGCAGAGGAUCUUCACUCGAGUUUAGGCCAGGAUGUUCCGAGCUUCAUAAAGCCUAUGCUUCAAUCUCAUGUUACUGGUGGCUUCUGGCUGGGUCUCCCAUCCCAUUUUUGCAAGACUCAUCUCCCAAGUAGUGAUACAACUAUUAGUUUGGUUGAUGAGAAUGAUGAAGUCUCUGAGACCAAGUACCUCGCUCUGAAACCGGGUCUGAGUGGUGGAUGGAGGGGCUUUGCGAUUGAUCAUGAAUUAGUCGAUGGAGAUGCACUUGUUUUCCAAUUAACUGAGCCGACAAGUUUCAAGGUAUACAUCAUAAGGGUAAACGAACCGGCAGAGAGCAGCAGCUAAAACUUCAAGACUGCACUACCAAAAGUCGGAUUUGAAUGACGUUUUUGAUCAGUUUCCUCAUAUUUUGACAAGGGAACAAUUGGCCAACAAUGGAACCAAUCUCUCAAUAUAAGUGAUUUUGGAGGGAGAGAGAAGAAGCUUUUGAUGUCUGUAGCUUGAGACUGAUUAAUAUGGAUAUAAUUUAUAAAAAUUUAUGAAUUGUGACGAUGACAUAAAUAGUGAAUUGCUGGAGACAAA